AUGGAAGAAUCUCAGAUGAAAGACUACUUCAUCCGUGCUCAAGAACCACAAUAUUAUGAUAGGAUGAUGCUUGUAGCUGAGAAAAGUUUUGCUGAAAUUAUCAAGCUAGGUGAAAGGAUCGAAGAGGGCAUAAAAAAUGGGACUGUCAUCAAUCUGGAAGCCCUGCAAGCCACCAACAAAGCUCUGCAAUCCGGAGGAAUGGCAGAAAAUCGAAAGAAAACAGGCUCAGUCAUGAUGGAUCAGGGGACCAGAACCCCUUAUAAGUACCAAUCAACAACCCCACCUCCAUCUCCAUAUCCCCAAACUCCAUACCCUUCAGCUCCACCACCUAUAUCUCCCAACCCCAUGCCAGUAUAUUACCAAAAUGCUCCUCCUCAAUACCAACAAGCUUCAUAUCCUGUCUAUAAUGCCCAGCCAUCAUACUUCCAAACCCCACCACCUACUCAAACAUCAAACUACCGAAACAGACCACCAUAUGAAAGAAGGCCUGCGAAGAACUAUACCCCUCUGGCCGAACCUAUUGCCCAGCUUUAUGAGAGACUAAAAGAGGAUGGCUAUGUCACCCCAGUUCCUGCAUUGCCUGUGGAUGUCCGCACAAAAUGGUAUGACCCUAACAAGGUUUGUGCCUACCAUUCUGGGAUGAAAGGUCAUACUACUGAAAUAUGCAGAGCCCUGAAAGAUAAGAUUCAAAUGUUGAUUGAUACUAAGGCCAUCCAACUCAAAGAUCCAGCACCAAAUGUUGCAAAUAACCCUCUGCCUAACCAUCAGGUCAACAUGAUAGAAGCCGAUGAUACCUCAGAUUGGGAGAAAUCCAUUUGGGUCCUUGAGCCAGAAGAAGCAAUGAUUGCUACCGCUCAGACUCCUAUGGUAGUGCAAAGGCGUGCUCUGUUUGAGGUUGAGAUCGCCAUGCCCAAGACUCCAUUCACUGUUUAUAGGGCGUCUUCCCCUGUCCAGUAUGAUACCCAUGCUGUUCCAUGGGACUACAAAAAAGGAAAAACAAAAGUGGAAGAAGCAGACACCGCAGCAGGAGUUACUAGAUCGAGAAGAAUUUACACUUCUGAAAAUUUGGUGCAGGGAAGCUCUAGCAAAGCCAAGGCACCAGUUGUAGAACUUGAAAAUCAAGGAAUUUGGAAGAAGAUACAAGCAAAAGAGUACUCUAUUGUUGAGCAAUUGAGUAAAACCCAGUCUCAAAUAUCCAUCAUAUCAUUGCUGCAAUCUUUCGAAACUCAUCGGAAUGCUCUAUUGAAGGUCCUGGGUGAAGCCUAUGUCCCAUCUAGCAUCACUCAAAGAGAGGUAGCCCAAAUGGUCGGGCAGGUUUUUGAGGCAUAUCGAAUAUCUUUCUAUGAAGAUGAGUUGCCAAUUGAAGGAACAACCCAUAAUAAGGCUUUGUACAUUUCAAUUCAAUAUCAGCACAAGAUAAUCACCAAAGCCUUGGUUGAUUCAGGUUCGGGUUUGAAUAUCUGCCCUCUGAGCACGUUGACAAGGCUAGGCGUGGAUAGUGCAAAGAUCCAAACUUGGAAGAUGAAUGUGAGAGCUUUUGAUGGUUUUCAGAGGGGUACUAUUGGAGAAAUAACCUUGGACAUGCUCAAUGGUCCUGCUACUUUCCCAAUAGCUUUCCAGGUCUUGGAUAUUCCAUCUUCAUAUAACCUCUUAUUGGGUCGUCCUUGGAUUCAUAUGGCUGGAGUAGUUCCCUCUACUCUUCAUCAAUGCUUGAAGUUUGAAUGGGAUCAUGAAGAGGUUGUAGUUCAUGGGAAAAAGGGACAUCCUGUAUAUGCGAUAGAAGGAGGGGGUCAUCUAGACGGUGAGAUGUACCAUACAGUUGAGCUUGUUGGCAACAUUGAAGUGCAACCAUGGUUCAGUCAGAAGAUCAUAGAUAUGAUGGCCUGGUUUGGUUUUGAGCUCGGGAAAGGUUUGGGAGCUAAUUUGCAAGGAAUAGUUGAACCUAUACAACCUAUUCGUCAUUCAACCACUUUUGGCCUGGGAUAUAAAUAUACUACUGAGGAGUGGCUUGAUUGGCAACCACCUAGAGAUGGGUACUACUAUCCAUUGAAGAAACCGAUACCACCGCUGCACCAAUCAUUCCGAUCAACAGGUUUCAUGGGAUGUAUCAUUGGUGAUCUUUUGGAAGACAUGAAGGGUUUAUCUCUGACCAAGGAGGAAGGAAAAGGUUGUAAUGUCGUGAUCAACGAGGAGGAGAAAGGGGACCCUAGAGGAAGCAAUGAAGCAGGGAUCAGCAUCAGCAUUUGGACCUUAACUCCAUCCAGACCUCGUCGGGCAUCUGGGUAG